AUAUAUAUUAUUUAGUAUUCCACUGACACUUAACCCUCCGAAAUAUUUGUUAACCCUAUUCACUCGAACUCAGCCAACAGUACCCCGUUUGCCCGUCGGCUCAGCAACCGCAGACCCAUAGUCCACCCCCAAAUGGCCGAUCAUGAUCACGAUCACGAUCACGGUCACUCUCACCCCCAUCACCACCAUCAUCGCCCGCAACGUCUCUCAGUUCCACCGCGAACCCCCACAUUCGGCGGCACUCCGGGACCCUACCCCGCCCUUCGAUACUCACCAUUCCCUACUCCGACGGCCACCCCUUCGAAAGGCCGCCGCCUACCGGCUUCUUUUUCCAUCCCGAAAUCGAAAUCAAAAUCCAGAUCUUCCCUCUUCUUGCUCCUCUUCUUCUCCCUCCGCUCCCUCUACUCCCUCCUUCCCUUCCUCCGCUCCUCCCCCUCCUUCUCUCUCUUCCCCUUCUCCUUCCUUGUCUCUCUCCUCUCCUUCACUCUCACCCUCACCUUCUCCCUCUUCUCCUCCUCCUCCUCCUCCAAAGACAACCCCUUUCUCCACCACAAGCCCAAACACUCCCUUUUCUCCCUCCCUCACUCCCAUCAGAGGAUCCUUAUAAUCAAAUCUGUCCUCCUCGCCCUCGUCUUCCUCCUCCGCUUCCAAGCCCUCCGCUACUGCAGCACCGCCUCCAUGAUCCUCGCCGAACUCAUGGGCUCCGUCGCCGCCCAGCCCAGAAACCCCCGCCGGCCCAACCUCCGCGGCUUCCUCUUCCUCUCCUUUGGCCUCCUUAUGCUCUCCUUCGGCUGGGACAGGGUCGAAUGCUUUCCUUUUUCCCCCAGCUGCGUCUCUGGCAGGAUUUGGCCUUUGUUUCUUCCUUUCAUGUCCGGCUUUCUCACUCGUUACAAGCUUAUUGAUUCCGGAACCACGCUUAAACAGCUUGGCAACAAACGGGUUCGGUUAAUUACUCUCUUUUUCACCACUGUUAUUCUCUUUGUUCCCGCCGUUUUUAGCUUCUUUGUGUUUGAGUCAGAAGAAGACAGUGUCGCCUUUGGGAAUCUGCUAUGGCCCCUGGCCAACACUGUUAUCUUCGGUGUUCUACUGAGUGAGAGUUACAGCGAUGAUGACAACGAUGAUGAUGGUUUGGUGAGUUUGAGAGACUCUCAGAGGGAGUUUCUGGUCACCUUCGUGUGUACCCUGGUCUUGGAACUUUUUUACUUUCCUGAACUUUCCCUCUGGGGUUUGUUGCUCUGUGGAUUAUUUCUCUAUAUUGGUGUUAGAGACUUGGAUCCUUUUCAUUCCAAUGAAGAUGAAUUUUUUAGUGACGUGAUUAUGAAGCCUAUCAGACAUGUUUUGAGCGAGAGGAAGUCAAGGAAAAUCGCUCUUUUUCUUCUCAUCAAUGCCGGUUAUAUGGUUGUGGAAUUUUCUGUUGGUUUUAUGAGCAAUAGUCUUGGGCUGAUAUCUGAUGCUUGUCACAUGUUGUUUGAUUGUGCUGCUUUGGCCAUUGGGUUGUAUGCCUCGUAUAUAUCUCGUUUGCCUGCGAAUAAUCACUAUAACUAUGGAAGAGGAAGAUUUGAGGUGCUAUCAGGGUAUGCUAAUGCUGUGUUUCUAGUUCUUGUGGGAGCUCUCAUAGUGGUCGAGUCCUUUGAGAGGAUAUUGGAUCCCCAAGAGAUAUCAACUAAUAGCUUGUUGGUUGUCUCAAUAGGAGGGCUUUUAGUCAAUGUCAUUGGCUUGAUAUUCUUUCACGAGGAGCAUCAUCACGCCCAUGGCCAUGGAUGGUCUGGAUCAUCAUGCUCCCAUUCACACUCACACUCAGAGUUACAUAAUCACCAUCAUACCCACCAUGAUCAUGAUCAUGAUCAUCUGCAUUGCCAUCCUCACGAAACAACACAUGUAAGCCAUAAUAAAUUUAUAUCUAUUCCCAGUGAUAAUCGAGACUAUUCAUGCUCUAGUGAUCAUGGCGAUCAUCAUAGUCAUAACCAUUAUAGCCAUGGGAGUAAGCAUCAUGGUGAGUGUCACGAUCAUGAAGAUAAUCAUAGUAUUCAGAGCCAUAAGCAUCAUGAAGCUGCUCACUGUCAUGACCAUGGUGAACAUCAUAUUGAUCACGGCCAUGACCAUGGUGAACAUCAUAUUGAUCACAGCCAUGACCAUGAAGAAGCUCCACUUGUCGACAAAGAGCACGGCCAUCACCAUAUUGAUCACAACAUGGAAGGGAUAUUCUUGCAUGUUCUUGCCGAUACCUUGGGAAGUGUUGGGGUUGUUAUAUCUACACUGUUAAUUAAGUAUAAGGGAUGGCUUAUUGCUGAUCCUGCCUGCUCAAUUUUUAUUUCUAUUUUAAUUGUAUCCUCCGUGAUACCUUUACUUAAAAAUUCAGCAGAAGUUUUACUCCAAAGAGUGCCAAGGGUGCAAGAGCGUGAGUUGAAGGAUGCUUUAUCUAACGUUUUGAAGAUAAAAGGUGUUUAUGGCAUUCAAAAGUUUCAUGUCUGGAGCUUCACAAACACAGAUGUUGUUGGUACUCUGCAUCUUCACUUGUCGACAGAUACAGACAAGACAUCCGCCAAGUCUCAGGUUUUGCAUCUGUUACAUAAUGCUGGAAUCAAGGAUGUAACCUUGCAGGUGGAGUGUGUCGGGUAGUUUCUUUCGAAAUAGUUGUUGCCAGGGAAGGAUGUCCCUGUCAACCUUACAUACCGAAUGCUUCACAACUUUACAACAUCAACACCUGUGUAUUAAUUCGGGAAGGAGAGUGAUUAUUUAAAUUCGUGAAGGGUGAUGAUUUUUGUUUUUGAUCUGUUUGUCAGGAUCUCACAAGUAGCACAGUUGUAGCUUUUGCUUAGGACACGGCAAUGUAAAGACACAGGCAUAGCUGGUAGAUUAAUUACUUUUAUCAACUCUUAAUGUUAUACUCUUUUAUCCUGUACUGGCUUUUUAACCAUUCUUGACUUU